GGCGUAACUUCUGUGGGAAAUAGUAUGGCGGUCUCUCAAAAAAUUAAAAAUGGAACUACCAUAUGACCCGGCAAUUCCACCUGUGGAUACAAACCCAAAAGUGAAAGUAGAGUCUCAGAGAGGUAUUUGUUCACCUGUGCUCACAGCAGCAUUAUGUAUAAGAGCCAAAAGGUAGAAGCAUCCCAAGCCCAUCCACAAAUGAAUAAAUGAAAUGUAGUAUGCUUACAAUAGAAUAUUAUUCAGCCUUAAAAAGGAAGGAUUUCUGACACAUGCCAUAAAAUGGAUCAACACUGAAGACAUUGUGCUGAGUGAAAUACACCAGUCACACAAAGGCAAGUACUGUAUGACUGCAAUCAUAUGAGGCACCUAGACCACUCAGAAUCACAGAAACGGAAAGUGCAUACAGUGGUGGUUGCCAAAGGCGGGGGCGGGGGGCAGGUUCGGCCAAGGAGUCUUCCAGUGGGUAGAGUCUCGGUGUUGUGAGAUGAAAAGAGUUCUGAAUGUGGGUGGUGGUGAGCGUGUACCAAGGUGAAUGUACUUAAUGCCCCUGAACUGAACACCUAAAGAUGUUAAGGUGGUAAACUUUAUGUGUAUUUUGUUGUAGUUUAACGUGAAAUUUUCAACUUGAUUCAAUUUCAAAAUGAAGCAACACAAUGAAUUGUCAUUUGUGGACCACCAGAGAGGCACAGAUAAAGUAAAAUGAAGGUUUAAGAGAAAACAAACUUCGUAUCCCAAACAUCCUGCACAACUGUGUUGGGCUCCCUGUGUUGGCUCUAAGCCAACUGCUACAGUUCAAAGAACAAGGAAAGCAAAGUGAAAGACACACUGCUUCUGGGGCCCACCUGGCGCAAACAGCCUGGUCACUGUUAGGGCGUGAAGUCAGGGCCUGGGAGCUGUGUGGUGGGGCAGUCGCUUUGCUGGCUGCGGCACAGACUUCCAGGUGACGAGUGCACUUCUGGUCCAUGACUUCUCUUUCCCUCUCAAGUGUGAUGGGUCGUCACUGGAAAGCUGGGGACCAGAGCAGUUCAGAGAAGAAAGGAGAGGCUGUGAGAAUUAUCAGGAGGACAGGCCUCCUGAGAAAUAGGGCAGGCCAGCUGGGCAGGUCUGAGAUACUAUGGCGCUGUGGCUAUUUGGUGGUACUCUUUGACCCGGGUGUGAGUUGGCAUCAAGUGGCUUCCAGCUAUAAGAAAACAGGAACAGAGCAGGCAACGGGUUGUGUUCAGCCAGAGUCACAACUCUGAUAAUGAUCUAGCAGAUAAGAAGAAAUCUUGAAGAUCUUGAAGAGGAAACUGAAAAUAGAAAAAGCAGUGAGGCCAGCACUAGCUACCUGUGGAGUGGUGGUGAGGGCAGGAUGUGGGCAGAACCGAACAGCAGUUUCCAGGUGCUAAACGGAGAGAUUGGCGUGGGCACUGCUGGCUUCGGCAUCUUCUUCAUCCUCUUUGGAACACUCCUGUACUUUGAUUCGGUGCUCCUGGCCUUCGGAAAUCUGCUGUUCCUGACUGGCCUCUCCCUCAUCAUCGGCCUGAGGAGGACGUUCUCCUUCUUCUUCCAGAGGCACAAACUCAAGGGCACCAGCUUCUUCCUGGGGGGCGUGGCCGUCGUCCUGCUGCGCUGGCCUCUCCUGGGCAUGAUCCUGGAAACCUAUGGCUUCUUCAGCCUCUUCAGGGGCUUCUUCCCCGUCGCCUUUGGCUUCCUGGGGAGUACCUGCAACAUCCCCUUCCUGAGUGCGCUGUUCCGGAGGCUUCAAGGCACCAGUUCAAUGGUCUGAAGAGCAGAGAUGCACUCCUUGAAUUUGGAUCACUGGGCGAGGGGGCUGGAAAGGAAAUGGGAGACAUCUCACAGGCGCCCACCCAGCACUGACUCAUCCCCCUGAUGCAUCCGGACCUCUCCAGGUCCAGAAGGACGGACGGAGCCGAGGGACUGGCCUUGAUCCCCAAGUCAAUGCAGGAAGCCGUCAGGACUGCUGGGAACAGAGACCCAGGGCCCACGAGAGGAAAAGCAAAGAUUAAAUCCCCAAGCUGUGAAUGUGCCUGAGACUCAGUGUCUCUAGCCCAUUAAGCCCACCCUCUGACUCAGGGUGGGCCCACAGACAUCAUUCUACCUGAGGAGGGUCAGGCCAGCC